AUGAACAAUGUAACUCAAUAUUCUGAUCCUUUAUUUAAACAACGUGUAGUCGAAUAUUAUUUGAAAAACCAAUUACCGAAUCGGUGGCUCGAUAGAUAUGAUGGUACAUUUGCAUCAUUACAACAAAAAUAUCAUUCAGGAAGGCCACCAAUAUUAAAUAAACAACAAAUCAAUCAACUCAUUAUUAAAGUUGUUCGUUCUCUUAAUCGUCUUUUACGUACCAUUAAUUACGCUAAAAUCGCAAAUUUCAUCCGUCAAGAAACAAAUACUAAUGUUUCUCUUCGAACGGUUUCACGAUACGAAAAGAACAUUGGUAUUAAACAGAAGAAAACUGUCAAGCCAACCUACAGAGAAACAAAGCUACGUCGUAAAAUACAACGUGUAUCAAAUAAUACAAUUGCCUUUCUCGAUGAAACACAUGUUAAAUUGAAUCAACUUUACGGCUUCUACACUACUGGAACAACGCUGGUAGCACCAGGUGAGAAACCAUUUGUUAUUGUUACUGAUUCAUCAUCUUAUGCUGCUCAUUAUGAUAUGAUUGCAGCUAUUAUUGGUAAUCGAGUACUCCCACCAAUUAUUUUCACACCUGAAGACAGAAGAACAAGAAAUGUUAAAGGAAUCAAUAGUGAUAUGUUUAUUGAUUUUCUUGAAAAUGUUUUUUGUGCUUCAAUUAGUGAACUUGAUCCUUGUCCUAUGUAUUUAGUAUCAGAUAAAUCAAAUAUUCACAAUGUAUCAAAAAUUGAAAAGCUUUUCGUAAUGUUGGAUACACAGGAUUGA